AUGGCUGGACGUGUGUACCUGGUGAUGGUAGUAGUAUUAUGCACUGUUAAUACUAUACGGGGUGACGUUCUCAAAGAAGAUACUGUCAUGGUGUCCAUUCCACAAGGUGAUCUUAUUGGUAGACAAAAUCAAGUAUCCUCGGACCUUUACGUCAAUUUUUUUGGUCGCAUUCCAUUUGCAGCUCCGCCUUUGGGCGAGUUACGCUUCAGUGCACCCGCUCCUCCAAAGGGAUGGGAGGGCCAACGAGAUGCCACUUACUAUGGUCCAGCUUGCACUCAGUUCGGUAGGGUAUUUUACAACCAUUCGCUGGAAAAUAUAGAGCUACCGAUAGGGCUAUUACCUGAUCUCCCUGGCUGGUUUCCUGUGCCAGAUCCGAUUGAAGAUAUAGUAGAAAAGAUUCAAAAUUUAACAUCCCGAAUCCCACUGGACGAGAUCAUUGGCACGAUCAGAAACAUCUCAAACACUAAUGUGACUUUAAGUGAUAUUGUAGGAGAAGAUUGUCUGUAUAUGAAUAUCUACGCUCCUCAGCGCGUGUCGCCAAUACAGGAUGAAACAUUUCCAGUAAUGGUAUAUAUUCAAGGUGGUGCUUUCGCCGUUGGUACAUCGAUGUACCUCUACGAUGGGAGGAUUCUGGCUGAGCGAAAUAAUGUUAUUGUUGUUAACUUCAAUUAUCGUUUAGGAGCACUAGGCUUCCUUAGCACAAUGGACGAAGUAUCACCUGGUAACUACGGUAUGCUCGAUCAAGUAGCGGCUCUAGAAUGGGUGAAGCACAACAUUGUAUAUUUUGGUGGAGAUCCAAGUUCUGUAACGCUUUUUGGGCAGAGCGCCGGUGGUGUUAGUGCCUCGUUGCAAAUGUUAUCACCAUUAAGUGAAGGUCUGUUUAACAAGGUGAUAGUUGAAAGCGGCAACGCUUUAGCAUCUUGGAGUGUCAUCCUUCCGCCAUAUGACGUCACUGAAGGGACAUAUGGAUUAGCUGAUAAUAUUGGAUGUCCACGUCGACCCCACGAAGAUUUACUUGCUUGUCUCAGAACAAAGGACCCGUUUGAAAUUUCAGCUGAGUCACCAUCGGCUAAUGAGAUGAUGUGUGUAUGCGCUCUAACAAUGGAAAAGAAAUUGCUUGUUGACGGCCCGGGAGGAUUUCUUCCGUAUGACCCACUAACGAUAAUGAAAAGCGGAGACUUCAAAAAAGUUCCUCUAAUCAUUGGAUACAAUAAAGAUGAAAUGACCUUUACAAUGAAGUUUCAUUCCAAUGAAAAUGGUAUGACGAAAACUGAAUUCAGGGAGUACCUCUGGAACAAGGCGACUGGCAGGGCAUAUUAUUCUGAUACCAACGUUAAAUAUGAUUAUGUGUUCAAUGCUUUUGAGUUUAUGUACACCCCGUGGGAGAACCCAGAAGACCCACUAUUAAUGAGAGAUUCAUGUGCCGAGUUUUUAAAUGAUCGGGGUUUCAAAGCGCCUGCUCACUGGCAAGCAAGAUUAGCGUCGCAUUAUGGUGUGGAUACAUAUGUAUAUCAAUUUGACUAUCGCAGACCUUCUGCCAGAUGGGACGAGUGGACAGGUGUUCCGCAUUUGGAAGAUCUGUUUUUUGUAUAUGGUGUGCCUUAUAUGCCAGAUAAAUAUCCCUGGAUAAGUUGGACAGAUGGAGACAGGGAUGUAGUAGACACUGUACAAACACUGUGGAAUAAUUUUGUUAAAACUGGAAAUCCCUCACCCGAAGGAGCGUAUAUACCAAACGUUGAAGGAACGUGGGAAAAAUAUACACUGGAGAAUCAGAGAAUGUUUCAUAUCAAUUCUAAAAGUACGAUGAAAAAUGACAGCGUAAAUAGCAAUAUGAAUGCUUACUGGAUGCAGUAUGAUCCGCAGGUUGUUAAGUCAGCCUCAUAUUACGACUGCUGCACUGUUCCAUGCGAGGACGAAGAUAAUGCAAUCACAUCUUCAGCACAUGUUCGUAUUCCUGAUAGAAUCACGAUCGCCAUUGUAACCAUAACGACUAUUUCUUGUCUAUUCAUUUAAUAAAAUGUUCGACUCCCACUAUAAUGGCAGUGUACCAGUGGUUUACAGAAUAAUUGUUCGAACACGCAAUAUGCACAUGCUUAUUUACCAGAUCAAUAAAAAAGGAUAAUUUAUUACACCAU